UGUUACAAUAUUCGUUACAGGCGGAUACUAUGACACUGCGCAUGCUCUUAAGAGACGAUCAUUGUCACUGGAAACAUGGCGGCUGCAAUGGAUGUUGACACUCCUAGCGGGACCAACAGCGGAGCUAGCAAGAAACGUUUUGAAGUUAAAAAGUGGAACGCUGUUGCUCUUUGGGCCUGGGACAUUGUUGUAGAUAACUGUGCUAUCUGCAGGAAUCACAUCAUGGACUUGUGCAUUGAGUGCCAGGCGAAUCAGGCCUCAGCGACGUCAGAAGAGUGCACGGUUGCCUGGGGUGUCUGCAAUCAUGCGUUCCAUUUCCACUGCAUAUCCCGCUGGUUGAAGACCAGGCAGGUGUGCCCUCUCGAUAACAGAGAGUGGGAGUUCCAGAAGUAUGGACAUUAGAUGUGGAGUUUGGAGCCUGAUUUAGGUUUGAAACAUCAAGUUAGCCGUCUCUCCCUGGCUCCUGUCACCUUGCGUCGUCUUGGAUAGCACUCUUUUAUUUUUGAAACGGGUAUGCAAUGUCAUAAUCCAACUGUGUUUAUGUUCAGAUUGAAUCCGCCUUUUUCUGCUUUUUGUCAUUGUUACAGUUCAAUUUGCAAUGAUGUUGUAAAUUCUAAAUAAAGUUGAUUUCCUGUUUA